GUAAAAUAAGCACAGAGAUCAGUACUUACAAGCUAAUUUUCCAUGAUUUAUGCUGGUAUAGCUGGACCACUUUCCCUUCAUUUUCCUUCCAAAAUGGUUGCCUGAAACAUCUUUUUUUUCCUUCCCUGUUAGGAUGGCAAGCUUCAGUGAAAAGUGGGAGUCUGUCUUAUAUUAUACCAUGCAAUCGUCUGCCUGUGCAGUUGAUGAGUCAAGUGAGAGUUUAUACCUCCAGUGGUCAGAAAAAAGGUCUUGGGUCAGCAGAUAAAAAUGGAUCAGCCCCUGAAGAAACCCUGCGCAAAGUUGGAACAGGGCAAGAUACCAAUAAUGAAGGUCAAAAGCAGUCUUUCUUAAAAGAGCCAAUCCAAGUCAAAGUUAAAGCAGUCCUUAAAAAAAGAGAGUAUGGACCAAAAUACACACAGAAUAACUUCAUCACUGGAGUCAGAGCAAUAAAUGAGUUCUGUCUUAAAUCCAGUGAUUUAGACCAGCUGCGGAAAAUUAAACGACGAAGCCCCCAUGAUGACACUGAGACUUUCACUGUGUACCUGAGAGCAGAUGUAGAGGCAAAGUCUCUUGAAGUUUGGGGUAGUCCAGAGGCUCUUGCUAGAGAAAGAAAACGCCGUAAAGAGGAAGAGAUCAAGUACAGAGAAAAACUAUUUAGAAACCAAAGACUAUUGAGGGAAUACAGGGAGUUCUUUGGAAAUACUAAGCCACGCUCCAGUGCAGCAGCUAUGUUUUUCAAGGGACCAGGAAAGGUGGUAAUGGUAGCUAUUUGCAUAAAUGGGUUGAAUUUUUUCUUUAAGCUACUUGCUUGGGUUUACACGGGUUCUGCAAGUAUGUUUUCAGAAGCCAUACAUUCUUUAGCAGACACAUGCAACCAGGCAUUGCUAGCUUUGGGCAUCAGUCAGUCUGCAAGGACGCCUGACCCUAGUCAUCCGUAUGGUUUCACAAACAUGCGCUAUAUUGCCUCCCUGAUUAGUGGUGUGGGCAUUUUCAUGAUGGGUGCAGGACUUUCUUGGUAUCAUGGGAUCAUAGGUUUACUCCACCCUCAUCCUAUAGAAUCUCUUCUCUGGGCGUACUGCAUUUUAGCAGGGUCGUUGGUAUCUGAAGGAGCUACCCUUCUUGUUGCUAUAAAUGAAAUUCGGAGGAGUGCUCGAGCCAAGGGUCUGUCAUUUUAUCAAUAUGUCGUGCAGAGUCGCGAUCCUAGUACAAAUGUGGUGUUACUGGAGGAUGCUGCAGCAGUUCUGAGUGUGGCCGUAGCUGCUACCUGUAUGGGUCUGACUUCUUUAACAGGAAACCCUUAUUAUGACAGUGUGGGGUCUCUAGGUGUUGGAACUUUGUUAGGAACUGUGUCAGCAUUUCUAAUCUACACUAACACUGAAGCCCUGCUGGGACGAUCCAUUCAACCUGAACAACUGCAGCGACUCACUGAGUUACUGGAAAGUGAUCCUGUGGUAAGAGCAAUUCAUGAUGUUAAAGCCACAGACAUGGGAAUGAGCAAAGUGAGAUUCAAAGCAGAAGUAGACUUUGAUGGACGGGUUGUUACUCGUUCGUACCUGGAAAAGCAAGACAUUGAACAGCUGCUACAAGAAAUUCAACAAGUGAAAACUCUUGAAGAAUUAGAAGCCUUCAUGCUUAAGCAUGGUGAGAAUAUCAUUGACACACUGGGAGCUGAAGUAGACAGACUUGAGAAGGACCUGAAGCAACGAAAUCCUGAUGUUCGUCAUGUGGAUUUGGAGAUACUAUAGACUUGGCAGAAGAAAUCUUCAGGUUGCCACCAUUUUGUAAAGAAGUCAUGUAAAGGGCUGAAAAGCUUCUGAAAUUGCAGUGACCUCAGCACUACUCACUUACUUUUGCUGUAGGCUUCCGGAACUGUUAGCACUGCUUCUGUUUCUGGAAGAGCACUAGACUCGCAGACAAAAAUUCCCAUGGCAAAAUCAAUUUAUAAAAAGCUACUUGGCUUAAAUUCCACAGGAGAGUCUGUCAGAGUAUAUUUACUGCAAUUCAGAACUUAAGACUUGAGGUUUAGUUAGGCAAAUAUAACUGCCUGAAAAUAGACAACACAGUUUUUUCAUUUAUGUCUCUUUGCAGUCAGUUUGCACUUCUUUAGUUUCUUUCAAGAUAUCAUUAAAGGUUCUUGGGAGAUAUUAAGAUUAGCUAAGAAGAGUUUGUUCCAGUGGAACCUGUCAACCUUAAACUAAUUGUAACAUUUCAACUGUGUGAUUGUUUCACAGUUUUUCUUUUCUAUGAGAUAAAUUCUUUCAAACAGGCAAUGGCCUUCUCAAAAGUACCAUGACCUGGAAACCUGCUUUUUGCCACCGUUGUGAUUACCAACCACACUUUAGAAAAAUAAGGAUUUUCUUCUCAGUGGAGUCAACUCUGUGGUUAGCCAGAGAAUGUUAAGUUACUGUGAAGAAAUUACUGUGUAGAGAUUUCACUGAACUUCCUCUGUUUAAAUUUUGUUCUUUUUUCUCUACUUUGACACUUGUUCUCUUAUUUGUAAAUAUCUUCAGAUGUAAUAUGGGAGAUACUUACAGUAGUGCUUAUUAAAAGUUACUUGGCAUUUUUUGGCUUUUUAUAUUUUUAAUAGGCUGUUUUGCCAGAUAUGGUCUUUGCUAGAAGGUGUAAGAGAUAUAGUUGGAAGUUACAAUAGUAAAAAAUGUAAUAGAACUAUUUAUAAUUAAA